UCCUUCUUCAAAUCCAUUCUUCUCCUAUCCAUCAUCAUCACAUUCUGACACUCUCCUGCAACACAAAUAUCUCCAGUCAGAUAUGUCUCUGACAGCCACAGCCGCCGCCUCAGCAGCAGGCUCUGCUAUUCUCACCACCCCAAACCCCUUCCUCUCCCGUACCACCACCCCCAAACCCACAACCCAUUUCAAACUCUUCACUCUCUCCAAAAACCCCAAACCCACAAUUUCCGCCGUCUCCUCCUCCCCUUCCGCAAUUUCCUCCACCGCCGGGCCCUCCGACUGGGCCGUGGACUCAUGGAAAUCCAGGACGGCCCAUCAGCUCCCGGUUUACCCGGACCCGGACGAGCUCCGGACCGUGUUGACCACCCUCGAGACCUUCCCGCCAAUUGUCUUCGCCGGAGAGGCGAGGAGGCUGGAGACCUUGCUCGGAAAGGCGGCUCAAGGCGAGGCCUUUUUGCUUCAGGGAGGUGAUUGCGCCGAGAGUUUCAAGGAGUUUAAUGCUAAUAACAUUAGGGAUACCUUCAGAGUCUUCUUGCAGAUGGCCAUCACUCUCAUCUAUGGGGCCCAAAUGCCCGUCAUCAAGGUUGGGAGAAUGGCAGGCCAAUUCGCAAAGCCUAGGUCUGAUGAUUUUGAGACUAGAGAUGGUGUGAAGCUCCCAAGUUAUCGGGGAGACAAUAUCAAUGGUGAUGCUUUUGAUGAGAAAUCUAGAAUACCAGACCCACAAAGGUUACUGAGAGCAUACCUCCAAUCUGUUGGCACACUGAAUCUCCUUAGAGCAUUUGCCACUGGUGGUUAUGCUGCAAUGCAGAGAGUCUCAGAUUGGAAUCUUGACUUCGUAGAGCAUAGCGAGCAAGCGAACAGGUACAUGGAACUUGCACAGCGAGUGGAUGAAGCUAUUGGAUUCCUUAGUGCUGCUGGGGUUACUGGUGACAAUCCAAUCAUGAAUACAAUUGAGUUUUGGAUAUCUCAUGAAUGCCUCCAUUUACCAUAUGAGCAGGCCUUGACUAGGGAGGAUUCCACAACUGGCCGUUAUUAUGAUUGUUCUGCCCACAUGCUUUGGGUAGGGGAGAGGACUCGACAAUUGGAUGGGGCACAUGUUGAAUUCCUUCGUGGUGUAUCCAAUCCUCUUGGCAUUAAGGUGAGUGAUAAGAUGGACCCAAAUGAGCUUGUGAAACUGUGUGAGAUUCUUAACCCUCACAACAGACCUGGUAGGCUGACAAUAAUUACCAGGAUGGGAGCAGAUAAUAUGCGGAUAAAGCUCCCCCACUUGAUCAGAGCUGUGCGCCAGGCAGGGCUUAUUGUUACAUGGGUCAGUGAUCCCAUGCAUGGGAACACCAUAAAGGCUCCAUGUGGGCUCAAGACACGGCCAUUUGAUGCAAUCAGGGCUGAAUUGAGAGCCUUCUUUGACGUCCAUGACCAAGAAGGGAGCUAUCCUGGAGGAGUGCAUCUGGAGAUGACUGGGCAGAAUGUGACAGAGUGCGUUGGAGGGUCAAAGACUGUAACCUUCAGUGACUUGAACUCCCGUUAUCACACACAUUGUGACCCCAGACUGAAUGCAUCGCAGUCGCUUGAGUUGGCCUUUUUAAUAUCAGAUAGGCUGAGGAAAGACAGGUUAAAAUCAUCUAGGACUGAUUAUCAGAUGAAUGGCAGUGCUCAAGCGUAAGCUUCUACAAUCGAGUUGUUGGUCCUUGGAUUUAGGUUUAUUUAUUUUCGGAGUUCUGAGUUGGGAAAAGGGUCUUGUAAGGAUAAUGACAUUUUCGUGAACAUGAAAGGUUUGCGCCUUGAUGGUUUUCUUUCUCUCUUUCACCUUGGUUAUCAAUCCAUAACCAUAACAGAUAUAUGAAAAGUUUGAGAACCCAAAAAGGAUGAAUCUUAAGUUGAGAGUCUGACAUUGAUUACCUAUUAUAUACAAUAGCUGGUAUUAAAAACCAAUGGCUUCUAGAGAGGCCUUUGGCGACCUACCUAUCCUCUUCCUUGUGUAUGUUUGUAAUGGAUUAAACCAUGAUAUGGCCUGAGAUGUUCCAUUUUUGAGU